AUGUCGGAGAUUAAGGAUCCCACACCUGAUCAGCCAGCGUGUUGUAUUGUGAUUGGAAUGGCUGGAAGUGGAAAAACCACUCUCAUGAAGAAAAUUUCUAAUUAUAUGACAUACAAUGGUAAGAAUGCAUAUGUUGUCAAUUUGGAUCCUGCUGUCUCCAGUCUUCCCUAUGUUCCUAACAUUGAUAUUCGGGAUACUGUUGAUUAUAAGGGAGUGAUGAAAGAUUUUAACUUGGGUCCAAACGGUAGUAUUAUGACCUCUUUGAAUUUAUUUGCAACUCGGUUUGAUCAAGUGUUAGAUUUUAUAGAUAAGCGUUCUAGUGAAAAUGAGUUCGUUUUUUUAUUCGUAAUUCUAAUAAGCAGCGUUGUUCUUAUCGAUACCCCGGGCCAAAUCGAAGUUUUCACUUGGUCUGCUUCAGGCAGUAUCAUCACCGAGUCUCUUUCGUCUUCUCUCCCCACCGUUCUUUUAUACGUCGUCGACACUCCUCGUUCAUCACAGCCAAUCACUUUUAUGUCGAACAUGUUGUAUGCAUGCAGUAUUAUGUACCGCAUGCGUUUGCCGAUGGUUAUCGUAUUUAACAAGGUCGAUAUUCAAGACUGCAGCACCAUUGAAGACUGGAUGCGUGACUACGAAGCGUUUCAGAACGUGGUGAGCGAGGAUCGAAGCGACAGUUUCAUGAUUCCGUUGACGCGUUCGAUGGGUUUGGUUCUCGACGAAUUCUACAACACAAUGCGGACGGUGGGCGUUUCCUCGGUGACGGGAGAAGGGAUGGGGGAUUUGGAGGCGGCGAUCCAGGACGCGAAGGAGGAAUAUUUCUCGGUGUUUUUGCCGAUGAUCCAAGUAGGAGGAGAGUGUAAAAACCCGAUCACGCGAAGGAAAAUCGCCGCGUGAAGGCGAAGAAAGAAGCCGCCAAGGCCGAGAAGCAGAUGAACCGCGUGAAGCAUGAUAUUGCGACAGAGAACGGGGAAACCAGUGGGGAAACCAGUGGGGAAACCAGUGGGGAAACCAAUGGGGAAACCAGUGGGGAAACCAAUGGGGAAACCAAUGGGGAAACCAAUGGGGAAACCAGUGGGGAGAGAGGGAGAGAGAAGGUUCCGCUGGUGGCGGGGGCGAAGGUGCAGGGAGGAGUGGAGUUCGAGAGCGCGGAGGAGGCGGCGGAGCGAAGGGAGUUCGAGAGCCUGAUGGAGUAUGCGGACGAGUUGCACAGAGCGAGGAAGGAACGAGAGUAGAAGAGAGGAAAGGGGUGAUGGGAGUGAG